GUUUUUUUUAGACCGAUUCCUUUGAUUUUAUUUUUAUUAUUUUUUUUAAUAAUUUUAAUAAAAGAAAAAAAUACGGUUCAAUAGGAUCUGAAACAAAAUUUUGAAGCUUUAAUCGCAGAUCUUCAAGACGUUGAAGAAAAAUGGAGACAUCUUUAGGCAUGGAAAGCCUUGCAAUUAAGACCGAUCAUAAACCUGAAAAGAUUAAAAAUGGUAAAGGAGUUCCCUUGUUCCAUUGUGAUCUGUACGAUACAGAAUUAGUCCACAAAAUAGCUCAAGCAUUCCUCCCAGGAAUAUCUACAGCCUGUGUUGACAACACAUCAGGAGAUAUCUUUAGGACCCCAGCCUCAGUUGCUGCUGAAUUCAGAAAGGAAAUGGUUGAUUACAUUACUCAGAGAAGUGAGAGUUUUGUUGCAGAGACUUUUGUCUUAGGAGAUGUUCCAGAAGUAGACGUUUCUGCUAACCCUUAUGACAUAAUUUCUGACUUUGUUGAUGACUUUGCUACUUUGAAGAGGAACUUAUUAAGUCGAGUUUCUGGAUGGUUGCUAAGUGAAAAGAGAGAAGAUAAGAUUGAUGAUUUUGUCCAAGAAAUGGAGAUUAAUGGAUUUUGGUUGACCGAUAAAAGGGAAGCCAUAGCUCAAACUUUGCUUAAGAAUGUUGAUUUUAAGAAUGAGUAUCACUGCAACAUGAGAUUUGAUUCUGCAGAAGAGCUCACUGAACAUGUUGGGAGCUGUGGUUUCCGAUCAAUGAAUUGCGAGAACGAAGGAUGUAAUGCCAUGUUUUCUACGAGGCAUAGGGAGAAGCAUGAUUCUGGUUGUCCUUUUAAGAUAAUUUUGUGUGAACAGAAGUGCUCUGAUCGUAUCAUGAGACGUGAUAUGGACCGACAUUGUAUCACUGUCUGUCCUAUGAGGCUUGUCAGUUGCCCUUUCUAUUCAGUGGGUUGCCAAUCAGCUAUACCUCAUGGUGUGCUUGAUCAACAUUGUUCAAACAAUCUCCAUGCUCACUUACUUUAUGUUCUUCGAAGUAUUCAUAAGAAAACUUGUGAAGAAGAUCUAGAACAACGAUCAAACCAAGUUGAGAAGGAAUUAUCGCCCAGUCAAUUGGCAAAAGCUCGAGAUUUGAGAUCGUUAACCACUAUAGUUAAGGAUAUAGAAACAAAGCUAGGGCCAUUCAAACCAAAAAAAGAAAACAAGGAUAAGGAAGAGAAAGUAGAAACUCUGAAUUUGUUGGAUGAACCAGAAAAAUUUGAAAGUUAAACUCAAGGCCGGCAACUCACUCCAGUAGCAGUUUAGCAAGAAAUUCAGGUCUUUUACCGAGCCAAAAACUCUAUUAUCCAAUUUUCUUCUUGUAUUAUCUAUUGUCUCAUAUAUUUUGUAUCUUUAUUUUGUUGACUCUUUUGUAUACUCUUAACAUGAUUAAUGGGAAUAAUUCUUUUUUUAAUCCA